UUAGAAAGACGAGGGGCCGUGUCUUGCCUGGUUUGUCCUGUGCACUGACAGCAGAUAUGCAAGCUUUAGGUUCACUGACAUAUUUUUUAUUUCUGCUACUUUGUUGUGUACAUGUUCUUCUCUCGAAAUCAAACUCAAAUGAUCAUGAUUACUGCGUGAUUGGAGCUGGUCCAGCCGGUCUUCAAAUGGGGUUCUUUCUUGAAAGAGCUUCUCGAGAUUAUGUGAUCUUCGAGCGAAAUGGCGUUGCAGGUUCUUUUUAUGUAGAGCUUCCAAGACACAGAACUCUGAUCUCUAUUAACAAGAGACAUACAGGAAAAACAAAUAAAGAAUUCAACCUUCGCCAUGACUGGAAUUCGCUGAUCAGUGAUGACGAAUCACUGCUGAUGAAACAUUACUCCAAGAAGUUCUUCCCUGAUGCUGAUGAUUAUGUCAAGUAUCUGAAUGAUUAUGCCACCAAGUUAAAGCUGAAUGUCCAGUACAACACAAACAUCAGGAAUGUCUCUAGAAAAGUCAUGGGCAAAACAACGUCAUUUUUUAUUAAGGACCAGAAUGACACAGUCUAUGAGUGCAGGACACUCGUUGUCAGUACUGGCAUUUGGGUAGAGAACCUGCCAACCCAGUUUGAUGGAGUCGAAUACACUGAAAGCUACAGCAGCGUAUCCACCAAUCCUGAUGAUUAUGAAGGGCAGUCUGUCCUGAUAAUUGGUAGAGGCAACUCAGCAUUCGAGACAGCUGAUAGCAUCAUGGGUGCCACCAACCUGAUCCAUAUGAUGGCAAGGUCACGUGUCCGAUUGUCAUGGGAAACACAUUAUGUUGGAGAUUUAAGAGCAAUAAAUAAUGGGAUUCUGGAUACUUACCAGCUAAAGUCAUUGGAUGCACUACUAGGGGCGCCAGUAGAAGAGAUGACAAUCAUCAAGAGAAAUGGAAAACUGUAUGUCACGGAGAGAGAAGACCUGGAACAAAUUAGCUUUGACCGCCUAGAUGGUAACAGCAUCCUGCCUGACAACUAUGCAAUGCGUGAUCCCUAUGACCGCAUCAUUCGCUGUCUCGGAUUCAAGUUUGAUUUUUCAAUCUUUGACAACUCAUCUCUUCCGAAACCAUGCAUGGGCAAGCGCUCCAAGAAAUACCCUGAGGUCUAUCCGAACUACGAGUCUGUCUCUGUUCCUGGGAUGUUCUUUGCUGGAACUAACACUCAUUCUGUGGAUUUUCGUAAGUCUGCUGGAGGAUUCAUCCAUGGGUUCCGCUACACCACACGUGCAUUGUUCCAUCAUCUUGAGUGGAAGUUUAACAAGGUCAUCUGGUCACACAUUACUAUACCGUACCUUGACCUUAUGAAUCACAUUAUAAAACGCAUCAAUGAGGCUUCUGGAAUCUACCAGAUGUUUGGAGUCCUCGGCGAUGUCAUUGUCUUCCGUAAAGAUGGAAAAGUUGACUACUUUGAAGAGUACCCGAUCAAAACAUUAAACGCUUUUAAAAAGAUUACAGGCUACAAGCCAGGACCAAUGGUUGUGCUUAACAUGGAGUACGGCCCGAACUUCUCUGGAGCUGGCAAAGAUAUCUUUCGACCAGAUCGUGCACAUGGGGAGGCGACAGAGGCCCAUAUGUCCAACUUCCUUCACCCCGUCUUCUACUUCUACAAGAAACACCCCAAGAGGAUGAAUGUUGAGAAAGACAUCCGGUUACCUAGACCUGACCGCAUACAUCACAUUGUGGAGGACUUUUUGACUUCAUGGCAAGCGCCUCUCACACAUAUUCUCCCCUUGCGACGAUUUCUUGAGACAAUACAUGGACAGGAUCUGAGACAAUUCUUUGCAAGUUCUUGCUUCAAGUUAAUGAUGACACACAGCACAGUUCCAGAAAGUUGUCGUGAGCACUAUGCACAAGGCCAAAGUCUUCCUGGAACCUACCUGCUUUUGAACACUGCAAGGGAAAGGCAACUGCUGUCUUCGUGAUACCAAAUACCUCACAACAUUUUACCAACAUCUUACCAUCUUACCCCCCCCCCAAUAUACACCAGGAUAUUAAUUUAGAAACAUAAUAUAGAAACACCAUGACAUGAUUACUUGAUUUGCGACUAAAAUAAAUAGUAAAUAAGUAAAUAUUGAUGACUAAACAAAAUAUAGAAAAUGAACAGCAAAGUACAUAGCAUAAAUGUGUUAUGUUUGCUAGAUAUCUAGAGCCAACCCAUACCAUGACCCGAUGAAACAACAACAAUCAUUGGCUUACACCACCUAGAUUACGAAGGCGGUAUAAACCAAUAAUGGAGCUUUCUCUCUCUGUUUAGCAGUCUUUGGGUUUUCGCGUCGUAAACGAGCCAAGUACAGCGCUAGUAACUGCGUGUGCAACAGAACUAUAACAUCGAGAAACACUGGCUAGACGCCUCUCAAUAGGGGGAUAUUAACACAGGGUAGACCACGCCCAUAGGCGCGUACCCAGGAUUGGCCGCCUUGUAGUUUUCUGUACACACCUAGACUAUUUUUGCCACUGUUGUUGUUGCCAUUGUUUCUUACGAGUGGAAUUGGUAGGAGACAGAUGGAUUUCAUUUUCACCCCUUCUGCUUGGUGCAGAAGUGAAAUCAUCAGACUUAAAAUGCUAUCAAAACAGCUUAAGUCCAGUGUUAAUACUAGCGAUGAAGAUUUGCUUAUUUACAAUUAUAAGUUAUAUUAAGGGUGGCUGCUGGAAAAAAAUAUUUCGUGGUUUUAAAAUAUCUUAAGGUUUAAUAUGUUUUAGUUAAUCUCACCCAAUCAGAUGUUCGAAUAGUUCAUAGUACUACAGAUUGAAAAUGAAUAAAGUUUGUUUGACGUGA